AUGCCCACCACAAGACCUGGCACUCCAUCUUGGGCAUAUCAUUACCGCGCCCUAAAUAUACGAACAGCUAAACGAGCGAUCAAAAUUUAUGGUUUUAAUGAUAUGGAUAGCUGUAAUGCUUCCGGAGAAGAUGCUUCUUCUUCGAGCGUCCAUCAAAAUUACUCAUUGCAAUCUCCUCUACGACCGGAGAUCCGCCGAAUUCGAAGAUUAUUGCCCCCUAUUCCGAGGUUUGUUAUACCCCGCUAUGGGCCUAGUCGUCAGGAGAGGCGAGGACCGACUAACUUUACACCUGUACCUGGCUCUUGGUCAUCGCCUCGGGAAACUGUGCAAUUCACAACAGUAAGAAGACGGUUAUUGCCUGCCCCUACAAGGACCUUGUUCGACCCUCAUUGGCCUGAUCGACAAGAAAGACAUAACGCCAGUGUUGGAAAUGUACCAGCCAUGUCAAGAAGCCCAUUUCCUCGCGAGAUGGACCAAAGACCCCAUCGCCGUCAAAUACCACCGCUACCACCGCGACGGCGGUUAUUGCCUCCCCCUUCAAGAGCCCUGCCUAUUACACAAGAAACUGAAAAACUGCGCCAAACAAUUGUUAAAAGACCGCAGAAUCUGAAUCAUGAGCUUGUACCAGCUGUACCGGCUCGCUGUCUGUCUUCUAGGGACACUGAACUUAGGUCCAGACAUUUACAAUCCACACCAACAAGACAGCGCGCAACGAGCAGCUUGAACCUUGCCAGCCCACGAUCACAAGAUGUUCUCAAAAGAUUUCAACCACGAGAUCUUAGUUUGACAUCAACCACAUCAACGCCGAGCACCGUGCGUUGUAUAUCUCCUCUAAUUAAUAUAGAGAGUAAAAAACCUAAAACCCCAAUUUUAGACACAAAAUAUCUUUAUCACCGGCCUUACAGAGAUAAGAACGAGGAUGAGAGCCUAUUACAAAAAGACGAGCCAAAUCUCAAAGCCUUUUCUCCAUCCUCCUUGAAUGACGUUCACGAGGGUGGAGAAAACCUUCGUGGGCUCGUCGAAGCCUACGAACAGAGCCAGAUCGACGAGGAUAGUCUCCCAACACCAUCGCCAUCAAAAUGGGCGUCACCAACAUGGGCUAAGGUACUUUCUCUCUCACCUGACGUAGACACAGAUGCGCACCAAGAAAUCAUUACACAAGCAGUAGUUUAUAGCGAAGGCCAGGAGAGUUUGGGUUCUACAAUCACACCAUUGCACGAGGCAGUUAAUGGUGUGGAUUCAGUGAUAACUAUUUUCGAAGAUGACAUUCAUGUAGUAGCUACACCGGAAGACGAUCAUGAUGAACUAACACCCAGAAAUUUCGCCAUCCCUGUGAGACCAAAGUCAUUGCCUCGAAGGGUCUUAACGAAUUGUAUGAAGUUCAUUGUAAACGGAUGUUCGCGUAUAAACGCGUGGGGCAACUUGAUGUUUAGAAAUGAAAACCACUUUACCAGGUAUAAAUCCAGUGCACCCUCCCUGUCUACGUACAUGCUUCUACGAAAGGAACACCACCAAUCGUCGAGAUGCUAG